ACACAAUUUUUUUUACGUUUCUUGUUUUUUUUGUAAUUUUUUCCUGACUUUAGAAAGUAGAGAGGUUUGCUUUCGUAGUUGUGUGUGACAUCUCACACACGUGAAGAUGUCCACCCGACCCGCAACAACAUACGCGAAAGCUACCGCAACUACGCAAGGCCCGUCUCUGGGGUCUGCAAGGUGCCUGCAGCAGCACCCGGAGCCUCCACAGGAGGCUGGGAUCCGCUGCCCGGCUUCUCACGAUGUUCCAAUUGAAGUUUACGUGGAUGCGCUGCGCGCCAUCGUGCCAGGGGGCUCGAUAAGGUACGCCUCCAAGGUGAACGGAAGAGUGGUUUUCUUCAUGGAGUCUGAAAAGGUGGCAAACGCCGCCAUGGAGAAGGGGAUGACGGUUGGCGAUUGGCACCUUACCUUGGAGCCAAUGUCAUCACCAUCGGGUACGCGUGAUCGUAUCCAACGCCCCCCCCUACAUUCCCGAUAAAGACAUCCAAGAUCACCUGGCUAAGUUGGGCACGCUGACUUCCAACCUUCAGCGUGUGCCUCUGGGCCUCAAAAAUCCUGCCUUGAGACAUGUCUUGUCUUUUAGAAGGCAGGUCUACAUGCUGGUGCCCAAUGGGCAGCUUGAAGAGGGCUCCUUUGUGGUCAUGAAUGGAGGAAGGGCCCAUAGGCUGUUUUACUGCAAGGACGUGCUAAAAUGCAACCUUUGCAAAGCUGAGGGGCAUGUUAAAAAACACUGCCCGAUGACAGAAAAUGCCCAAUCUAACGGCGAGACAACGGUGGAAAAGGGUGAUGAGGAAGCACACCCAACAAGUGACUCAGGAGAGGGUCCCUCACCACGGAGAUCACACGAGGUGGCGGUAGACCCCGCUCCAACCCCAGCUACUGCCAUGGAGACCGAGGCUCAGCCAGCCACCCAGCCAUCAUCGACAGCCGGACCUCUGAAGAGGAAAUUUACGGAGGACUCGGCUUCAUUUUCUCCAGAGACCAGUGGGGAUGAGGUCAGUCCCUUUAAAGAUCUCCCAGAGUUGGAGUCGGACAUCGCACUGACGCCUGAGGGAGAUGCGGAGAGCACUGGUGGCAAGGACGAGGUCUUCGCCAUCCCAGAUGCCCCUAGAAGUGGGACACGCAGAGGGAAGAAGCCCCGUGCAAGAACCAAGCUCAAGCGCAGGACGCCUGAUGAAAAUCUGGAGCCUGAGAUAGAAGCGAGGGAAACCGCAAUCUGCGAAGUGGCGAAGGACACAAAUGAAGAGGGUCGCACUUCAGACCUCGACGACGCGCCCAGCGAGGGGGCCGAGGGCUCCCAGGAAACGCGAGCAGCCAAGAGCACGGAGGAGCCCACACAGGACCCCGGCAAGGCAGCAGCGGGGACCAGGAAGAAGAAUGAAGCAGCGGCACAGGAGGAUAAAGGCAAGCCGUUUGCAUGCGACAUUUGCGACAUUUGCAGAAACCGGUACAAGAACCGCCCUGGGCCGGGCUGUCAUUACACGCACAGCCGCUUAGUGGAUGAGGAGGGCGAGGACAAGGACCCGUGGCCCGCCACAACUGUCAUGCGCCGCUCGGAGGAGCCUCAAGCCAAAAAAGGUCCUGAUGGGCUGGCAAACCCUAGCAACUACUGCGAUUUGGAGAACAAGGAGACGGGACAACCGGAAAAAUUGGUUUCCUGUUCCGAUUGUGGAGUUUCUGCACACCCGUCCUGUUUGGAGUACACUUCAAACAUGAGCACCGCCAUCAAGACUUACCGUUGGCAGUGCAUUGAAUGCAAGUGCUGCAACAUUUGCGGCGCAUAUGAGAAUGACGACCAGCUGCUGUUUUGCAAUGACUGCGACCGUGUUUAUCACAUGUAUUGUCUCAGCCCUGCCAUGUCUGAGUACCCAGGGGAAGGCUGGAGUUGCCGCCUUUGCCUGGACUUACUCAAAGUAAAGGCAUCUAAACUAACCAGUCAUAAGAUGGGAUCCUAGAUGCCAACAUGCUUGAAUGAUAAUUCAAUUCUCAAGGGCAUACCCAAUUAGUAAACCCAAGUUUGAGCCACGGUUUGUCUCCUGUUGUAAUUGGUAUCUUUUUGAGUGUAGCUGAGAACCAAGAAUGUAAUGUCUCUAAUGUAUUGUUACAGGUAGGGGUUUUGUCACCUAUAUGGAUGGGUGUUCGUGCAGCUUGACGACUGAUCCAUAGA